GCGCUGAGCUCAGAUAACUGACCUCAGACUGACUCCUCUCCACUGACCCGAAGCCGGCUCGGGCGGUUCUGUGAGCAGUUCUGCUGGAGUUCGGGUGGGUCUGAGCGCUCAGAGAGGUUCUCACUCUCGGCGGUUCUGCUGUAAGAAUGCCUCGCCUGAAGAACCCUCAGAAAACGGAAUCUCUAGCUAAACUGAGCGAUAAAAAGGCUCAGAAGAGCGGAGUUCACCGCACAGUGUACUCAGUGAGCGGAGAUCAGUACACAGGGGAAUGGCUGGACAACAAGAAGCACGGUAAAGGAACUCAGAUGUGGAAGAGAGCUGGAGUCGUGUAUGAUGGAGACUGGAAAUUUGGAAAGCGUGAUGGUUUCGGCACACUGAGCAGACGUCUGCCUCUGUCUAAUGAGUAUGUGAGGGCGUACUCAGGAGAGUGGAGGAACGACAAGAAGGAGGGUUUUGGGACACAGUUCUACAGUGCCACCUCUUGGUAUGAGGGUCAGUGGGCGGGGCACCAGCGGAGCGGCUCGGGCAGAAUGUACUACCCCAACGGAGACAUUUAUGAAGGAGAGUGGCUGAAGGACAAACCGCACGGACAGGGCAUACUGACGCUCGCCAACAAGAACAAGUACGAGGGUAGCUGGAAGGACGGAAAGAAAAACGGACAUGGACGCUUCUUCUACCUGGACAGAGGGCAGCUGUACGAGGGAUUCUGGGUUGAUGACGUUGCGAAGUGCGGGACGGUGUGUGAUUUUGGAAGAGAUCGAGCAGCAGCACCAACCACUUAUCCCCUCCCCCAGGUGCAACUGAAGGACGCAGAGUUUGUUCUGAUGGAGGGACUGGCUGACUGCUCUCAUAUCAGAGAGGACAAACAGUAAAACCAUUGAGACCAGAUUGCUUCAUACUGCCUGUUUAAAAAGACUCCAAAACACACAGCAUUAACACUCACACUCAGAAAACACACACCUAAACCCUCUGAGAGUAAAACCACAGCUCCAGCAGGAAGGAGGAGAACUCUGAUCUACAGACGGCACACUGUGAACUUUUUAACACGGGCAUAAGCACCGAAUAACAUGUUUAAAAAGCAAUACUUGUCAGCCAGGCCCAGAUCAUCCAGUGGGUUUUAUGGGUGUCCAGGAGCCCAAGCCACCAGGGGGCCCCGUAAGCACUUAUGAUAAAAUCUAAACAGCUGUUUUGACUGUUAACUGUUAACUGUUAACACCAUGUCCUGACAGCAAGUGAUGUGAGCGAAAACACAAAACCAAAAGACUUACAUUAUAAUUGGUGAAGCUGUCUAGACCAGCAGAGGCAAAGCAUCAUGUGGAACGAUCCAGUGUGCCUUUUUUGAUGGACGCCCCAUUUCUGUUUUUACACUCUUUAAUUCCACCUUUAAAAGAAUGAGAAGAAAGUCUUCCACGAAGUGGAGAUGAGAGGGAUCUCUAAGACUUUUCCAGUAAACAAUUUGGAGAAAAACAGCAGAGUGCUGGAAGUUAGAGGUGAAAACCAUCUGUUAGCUAGGUUAGC